GACAAGACAAGAAGCUCGCUCUGUUCGACAGUAACUACGAAGACAUUUCUCCUGGGAUUUGGUGCUUCCUUUUGGGCUGCAAGGGAAGAUUUCAACUUUUUGCGCUCGGUUUGUAGCGCGUCUCUUUUUCUUCUAGGCUAACAGCAGGCUGUCCUGUUCUCCUUUUUAACAAAACACAACCAUCAUUGGAAGUCGAGAGUCCCGUCUCUGCAGCUUGGCCUCACCGAUCCCAACCAGCGCCGCCGCUUGCCAGCCCAGUAACGACGCUCCACAAACUGAUUCUGCACAUCCGUGGCGACGGUGAUGAGGGCCACCACUGCUCUGCUGGUUGUCUGUUUUUGGAUGAACGCCGGCGUCCGUGCUGCUCAGAAAGAUGAAAAAUGUGGCUCUACUCCAGCGGUGAACCCAAGGCGUCGGUUCCUGAGGGUGGUCGGAGGAACCCAAGCUACAUAUGGAUCCCACCCAUGGCUGGUAUCAAUCCAGAAUAAAGGCUCUCAUUUCUGUGGAGGGGCCAUUCUGACUGACAGCUGGAUACUGACUGCGGCACACUGCUUCCCAUCCUCAUCAAAUGUCUUUCUGAGCGGUGUGACCAUUCUGGUGGGGGAGUUUGACCUACGAGUGGAAGAUAAAGACGAGCAAGUCUUCACAGUCAAAUCUCUGUUGAUCCAUGAGAACUACAACCAGGCAUGUCCAAUGAAUUACGACAUAGCGCUGGUGGAGCUACAUCGUCGCAUCGCAAUGGGAGCUCGUGUCAGGCCCAUAUGUCUGCCUCUCCCCGAUUUUAAAAUCCCGCCAUCGACUAAAUGUGUUGUUGCCGGUUGGGGGAAAACAUGGGAAAGAGGACACAUUCCUGCAGUCCUGAGAGAAGUCCACCUGGGUUUGGUGGAUCAAGCCAAGUGUCAAUACGUCCAACUGAUGAUCAAAAGCUCAUUUCCAAAACAGAAACAAAAGUUCCUCGAUCCACCCAUGACGAUUCUGUGUGCGGGAGCCGAGCGAGGAGGCAGGGACGCCUGUCAGGGAGACUCUGGCGGUCCUCUGGUAUGUCAGGCAGGGGCCGGAAGCGACCACUGGAUGGUGCUGGGGAUAACUUCCUGGGGUCAAGGAUGUGGCCGGAGCUGGGGAAUGAAAGGCAACCGGCAUCCGUCAAAGAAAGGAUCUCCGGGAAUUUUCACUGACGUCAAGCUGCUACUGCCCUGGAUCAAGCAGAAGAUGAGGGAGGCUGAGCAGCAACGACAAUCAACUUCAGGACUGUGCAGUGUGACAGACGGCCCAGUAGCGGACAGUGAAGGGUGGAUCAGGAACCCCGCUUUCCCUGACGCCUACUAUGACAAUAACCAGUUGUGUUUGUGGAGCAUCAAGGCUCAUCCGGGUCACAGCAUUCUGCUGGAGUUUGAUCAUUUCGAUGUGGAAAAUGGCUCGAAUUGUCGGUUCGACCGGCUCACGGUUUCAGGAUCAAGGAACAAGUCUGUGGCAAUAUUCUGCGGCAAAUUACUCCCAGCUCGAGUGCUUCUCCACAAUUCCCAGAAUGCAAUGCUGCUCUUCUCCUCUGACAUUAGUAGAGCAGCGCAUGGAUUUGCAGUCAGGUACCGUGGCAUCAGGGGAACCUUUCCUCCAGCAUGCGGGACUAUUGUUCUGGUGGAGGAUCAGAUUUCACUCCACACCCCAAAUUACCCACAGUCCUACAGUAAUGACUGUGUACUCCGCUGGGUCAUCUACGCUCCUCCGGGACGUCUAGUUAAGCUGACGUUUGCUGAUUUUGACCUGGAAGAGUCGGAGAGAUGUUUGCAUGAUUCCCUGACAGUUCUGGGAGACGUUGAAGGAAACAAAGAGAUUGCUGUGUUGUGUGGCGGCGGUGUUCCCCCGCCGGUCCUCUCCUUCAGCAGCAUCAUGGUGCUUUGCUUCGCCUCAGACAGCCAGAUCACUCACCGGGGCUUCAGCGCAGGACUGACCUUCAUCAGGAAGGAAGGUGUGGCUACAUCCAUGAAACAACUCCCCUCACAAGUGUACAUAACACCAACAUGAAUGCAUUAUGUGGUUUGAUCCGUCUUUGCUCUUUACCUGCGUGUGAGAAAACACAUGCAUGUUUAACGGAGUGUUUCUCUGGUCAGCUGUAUUUCUGCAGAGGCGAUGUUGGUUAAACAAGGCUGAAGUCGUGGCAUUUAGAGUGGCUGUUGGGCAUUUAACACUGAGGUGACCAAUGGGAAGUGGGUGUCCCUUUAAAAAAAUAAAGGAAGCAACAAAGUUUGCAAUCAAAAUAUAAGAAAAAGUCAGUUGUCUGUUUCCAUAACAUAGAAGAUGGAGAGACGUUUCAGGCAAAAUAAGAUUGAGAAAAAAAAAAUCUAAAAUACCCUGAAAGGAAAAUGAAAAUCAUGACGCUUUUACUGCAUUAUUCAAAAUGUCUGUAAAAAGAUCAGAACCCUGCUAAAAUGUUGUUAAAAUGAGAGUAAUAAUGAAAUGUAUUCUUAUCACUUUUCUCUCAUUUAAUAGUGUAUUUAAGAGAUUGCUGCUUCGGCUCCUGUUUCAGAUCAAAACAAGAAUAAAAUCAUGGAUCCAUCAGUUGUUUUUUUUCUUCUCCUUGCUUCUGGUUUCCUUUAUUUUUGAAAAGGACGCUGUGUGCAAGUUAAAGCACAGGCAUAUAGGAAGACCUUGAACUGUUUUAACAGUAUAGUAACAUUUUCAAUGAUUUAGUACAGCCUCACUUUCAAAGAAGCUGUAUAACAUAAAAUAUAAAAUGUACAUUAAAAACAGAGUUCAAGAUUGACAAAUUUCAUAAGCCCACAUUUUUCUCAAAACAAAAAGUAGUUGACAUUUCCAGAGAAACUCCCCAGCACUGUAUAAAUUACAGACUACUUAUUCUUAUUAAACACGGGAAACCAAUAUGUAGUUUUAUACUGUUUUAAUUUUUGCUCUUUCCUUUGGUUAAUUUUUUUGUUUGUAUUUCUUUCUAAUUCACGUAAAGCACAUUCAUCUGCCUUGUUGCAGGAAAUGUGCCACAUAAAUACAAUUUAUACCAUAUCAAUUGUUUAGGCUAAGAAGUCAAAAUGUAAAUGUGUUCAUUUGGACAUCAUUAAACGACAUGAAAGCAAGUUAAAGUAGGGGCAAUAACAGACGUUAAAAGAACAGCAUCAAAAAAAAAAAAAAAUUUCGAUGCAGCAUCAAAUUUUUAAAUAUGAUU